CUCUAUGGCAGCUUCAAGAGACAAAAAAAAAAAAAAAAAAGAAAGUAACGGUGUAGUUAUGUUGUGAAAGUAGUGGUUAUACCAAAACACUAAUCUAACUUUAAAAACCAAAGAUGUUUGUUAUAAAAACAGAUAGAAACUCCUCUUGUAUUUGUUUUUCUCCAUCAUGCUAACUAGAAUCAUCUUUCUCAUCGCCGUUGCUACUUCUGUUAUUGUCGUUCUUGUACUCGUUUUAUUCUCCCCCGUUCCUGAUUACGAUCCACCAGAAUCACUCUUCUCCUUCUCCCUUUAUGUUCAGCAAACCCAAAUCCCGUCCUCCUCCUAUGUCUCUCGCAGGUCAAUUCAACGCAUGACCGGUACCCACAGCAGAAGGGACGGAGGAGGAGCAUUGAUUUUCCGACGUACGCUCACAGAAGGACCGGAUAACAAUUCUCGGAUCGUGGGCAAAGCUGAGGGAUUUAUAAUCCCGCAUGAAGACUUUGCUAACUCGGAUUUUAACGUGAUAUAUUUGACGCUAGAGACUCCUGAGUGCACGGGGAGUGUUAGUAUUAGAAGCAGAAACAUGGCGCAAAAACUGGAAGAGGUUAUGGAGGUUGUCGGAGGGACAGGAGCUUUUGCCUUUGCUCGCGGAAUUGCCAUGUUCGCUGAAGUUGGUGAAGAGCAAGAAGUUGUAACCACUUACCGUGUUAAACUUCUGCUUAAAUUUCCACAUACUUUUAAAAUCGAUCCGCAGUGACGGACACUUUUUUUACAUAUUUGUAUAUAAAUAAAUUUAUAUACGCAUUAAUUAAAUGUAGGACCAAAAUUGAUUAUUUCAUAGAGUUAUUUGAGAAUCUGUUUUUGAUUGUCUUACAUUUAA